UCGUCUAGGUUUCGGGCGGUGAGGUCGGGAGCGGGAGCGGCUGCCACCGCCCCUCUGGUCCCCCCAACGUACGUCGCGUCGUCUCUCCGUAGCCGCCCGCUGAGCGCCGCCGCCCGCCUAGGCCCCCCACCCGUCUCCCUCCUCGAAUCUCUCAGUGUCCUCGGCGGGCCGGCGCGAUGCGGCUGGGCCCGAGGCCCGCGACGCUGGGGCUGCUGCUACUGUGCACCGCGGCGGCUGGGGCCGGCAAGGCCGAGGAGCUGCACUACCCGCAGGGCGAACACCGCACCGACUACGACCGCGAGGCGCUGCUGGGCGCCCAGGAAGAAGUCGAUGAAUAUGCUAAACUCAGCCACGAAGAGCAGCAAAAAAGACUGCAGUCGAUCAUAAAGAAAAUUGAUUUGGACUCAGAUGGCUUUCUCACCGAAAGUGAACUCAGUUCAUGGAUUCAGAUGUCUUUUAAACAUUAUGCUAUGCAAGAAGCAAAACAACAGUUUGUCGAAUAUGAUAAAAAUAGUGAUGGUACUGUGACAUGGGAUGAAUACAACAUUCAGAUGUAUGAUCGUGUGAUCGACUUUGAUGAGAACACUGCUCUGGAUGAUGCAGAAGAAGAGUCAUUUAGGCAGCUUCAUUUAAAGGACAAGAAGCGAUUUGAAAAAGCUAACCAAGAUUUGGGUCCUGGUUUGAGUCUUGAAGAAUUUAUUGCUUUUGAGCAUCCUGAAGAAGUUGAUUAUAUGACGGAAUUUGUCAUUCAAGAAGCUUUAGAAGAACAUGACAAAAACGGUGAUGGAUUUGUUAGUUUGGAAGAAUUUCUUGGUGAUUACAGGCGGGAUCCAACUGCAAAUGAAGAUCCAGAAUGGAUACUUGUUGAGAAAGACAGAUUCGUCAAUGAUUAUGACAAAGAUAACGAUGGCAGGCUUGAUCCGCAAGAGCUGUUAUCUUGGGUAGUACCCAAUAAUCAGGGCAUUGCACAAGAAGAAGCUCUUCACCUCAUUGAUGAAAUGGAUUUGAAUGGUGACAAAAAGCUCUCUGAAGAAGAGAUUCUGGAAAACGAGGACUUGUUUCUUGCCAGUGAAGCCACAGAUUACGGCAGACAGCUCCAUGAUGAUUAUUUCUAUCAUGAUGAGCUUUAAUCCCUGAGUAUGUCUGAGUAGAGUACUGGGUCCUUUUAUAAUUUGUUACCAGCUUUACUUUUGUGAUAAAAUAUUGAUGUUGUAUUUUACACUCUUAAAUCUUACCACAGUCAAAAUUAUCUUAAUGUAGAUAUAAUUUUGGCCUUUUAGAAGAAAAACAAAACAAAAACCUAAUAUUUAUUUCAAAACACAUUGAAGAAAUAAAGAAUUAAUAUUGUGCCAUAUGACAACAAAGUCUUUCCUAAAUACUUCAUCUGUUCAGUACUGUAUUGUGGAAUAUUUGAGUUCUAUUUCUGUACUUGAAAAAAUAGAGGAUUUUAGAGAUGCCUGAACAAUGUUAUUUAAGUAGUAUGUAACGGAGAGUUUUGUUCUAAGUAGAUUUAAUUUGGGAACUUACAGAACGGACAAUGUUUUAGGUUUAGCAUUUUGUUUUAAAACCUUUAAAGGAACCUUUGGAAGGACUUAUACCUCACAUAUCAAUGUUGAGAAGUUCUGCUUAAUUUUAAAAUGGUUUCUAUAAAGGGUUUUAUUGUAUGAAAUAGAACUUUAUAUUUUUGCAUAUGUAUAGAUAGUAAUUAUAUUUAAUGUAUAACUAUAGCAUUAUGAUGAGUGGAAUUUGACAUUGUCCAGAACUUUUUUCAUUUUUGACUGAUUAAAAAUGAAAUGUCCUAUCUUUUUUAUAUGUUUGUUUGUUUUUCUUUAAUUUCAUGGAUAAACCUUGAAUCUGGUACAGGUUUUGUUGUAUUAUAUAUUAUAUUACUUUAUCCGUUCCUUUAUUUGGGUAGAGAAUGUUCUCAAAACUGUUGAAGUAUUAUUUCUUUAUAUUCUUAUUUUGCUUUUUUUUUAAUAAAAGAAUCAUGUUAUAAUUGAAUGUACACCUAACACAUUUCAAUUGCUCUUGAAGCAAAUGUGGUUUUUCUAUUUGAGGCUAGAAAUAAUCUUAAAAGUUAUGCAGGUUGGAAUUACCAGUAGAGCUAGUUAGUUAUCUCCAGUAGAGCUUAAUAUCAGUUAUACUGAAAUUAAAAUCAUACUUCAUAAGCAUUUGUCCACACCUAAAUGGUUAAUUUUAACCUUAUUCAGGUCAACUUACUCACCUUUGGUGGGAGUGGGGUAGGGAAAAGUGAGAAGCUGAGGAUUAAUUUUUUCCUAGUUCUGACCCACAGAUAAUUGUCCUUUCUUUUUUCUUAAUUUACUUUUAUUUGUGGGUGAAGAGGUCAGCUAUAUAUUCGGUUGAUCUUUUUUCAUGCUAAAGUUGUCUCUUAUAUAGCGCACACAGCAUUCUGGGUAGUCAACAAGUACUUAGGAGUAUUUGAGAAGAUCUGAAGCUCUUUUCUGAUAGAAUCGACUGUACCUAUAUACCUCUCUACUGCCCCAUCUUUGCUGAUGUGAAGAGUGGAUGCAGAUUGCAAAUUUUCACACCUUAGUGAUGGCUUGCUUACCUCUGGUAUCUGCAAUACAUGGUUUUCAUCUAAACCUACAACAUCUAUCUGGCUAUAGCAGCUUAAUAAUUAAAGGUAUACCUGUCAUGUGUCAGCCUCACUGAAAUUGGGGUUUGGAAUAACCAGUUUGAUCAGCAUAUUACCUAUUUGUUUUUCUUGCUAGAUUCUCCGAAAUCUAUGCCAGAAUUAUUAGAUCAUCAGAUAUGAAUUUUAUUUCAAUCCUUAGUAGAAAUUCUCUUACUGAGUUAUUCUGCAUUCAGCCUUGAUAUCAUGCAGAUAUAAGAAUUUUGGUGAUGUUAUUAAUAUUUACCAAUAUCUGUACCACUUUCCUUUCUGGUAUAAAGAAAAAUACACUUUCCAGCCCUAUUGUAGGUAGGCAGUGGCUAGUUCUAACCAGUUAAAUGUGAGCAGAAGUAGUGUGUGUCACUCCCAGUCUAGGUCAGUGACAAACCCCUUUUACCAUGGCAUUGUAGGGGAGGCCUCAGUUGAAAUGGAGCUAUUAAAGUAUCCUUGAUUGCUAGUGACCACAUGGAGGUCAGCUGGAUCAACAGUAGACUUUGUAUGAUCAAAAAAUAAACUUUAUUAUGUUAAGCCACUGA